AUGCCUCCCAAGAAAACUAAUCAACAAUCAGAUAAAUCAAAACAAAAAGAUAAACAAAAGAUUGUUGAGGAUAAGACCUUUGAAUUAUUUAAACCUGUUCAAGUACAAAAGGUACCGUUUGGCGUCGACCCUAAAACUGUAUUAUGUCAAUUUUUUAAAGCUGGUCAAUGUCAAAAAGGUGAUAAAUGUAAAUUUUCUCAUGAUAUGGCGGUAGAAAGAAAAAGUACAAAGAUUGAUCUGUACACUGAUGCUAGGGCUGACGAAGCAAAAAAAAAUGACACGAUUGAUAAAUGGGAUCAGAAAAAAUUGGAAGAAGUUGUUACGUCAAAACAUGGUAAUCCUAAAACAACAACAGAUAUUGUAUGUAAAUAUUUCUUGGAGGCAAUCGAAAAUCAAAAAUAUGGAUGGUUUUGGGAAUGUCCAAAUGGAGGAAAAGCUUGUAAAUAUAAACACGCUCUUCCACCAGGGUUUGUGCUCAAGAGCAAAAAAGUUAAGGAAGAAGAAAUCGAUGAGAUAACGCUCGAAGAAUUUUUGGAAACUGAACGACAUAAUUUAGGAUCUAAUCUUACACCAGUUACUUUUGAGAGUUUUACAGAAUGGAAGAAAAAUCGUAAAGCCAAACAAGACGCAGAUAAGGAACUUAAACUUGCUGCCAAAGAAGCUGCAUUCAAGGCAGGGAAAUCACAAGGAAUGUCAGAACAUGAAGGAGAACAAUUAGUAUAUGGCCAAGAAGCUGUUGAUGAAAAUGAGAAUAGGUCAGACAAUCCUUAUGGGGAAGAAGAUAACGACGAUGAUGAAUAA